UCCCUGUCGAUUCGAAUCCGUUGCCAUCCAUUGAUUUUUCGGAGUCCACGCGGCGAUCAUUCGCGAAGUACUCCUAUGGAAAAUGAAAGAAAAGGAAAGAAAAUGGAAAUUGAGAGUUAGGUGUGAUUGCUUGGAAAGUGUGAGAACAGGAGGUGCGCUUGAGUGAGGUCUAGUGCGACUGUUUGGUUUAAAUUAGUUUGUGUAUUUGAGUUGCAUGUGGUGGAUUUUACAUGGAAACAGUGGUUGGAGUUGAGGGGAAUGAUGAAGCCAAGUUUGAGGACUGUGUGGUUGAGAAAAGUGGCCCUGAACCAACUCAGUCGAAGCAGAUUGCUGACCCGGUUGUGUAUAAGCUCGUUCGGGUUGAUGGUGAUGGGAGAUUAGUGCCUGCGACAGAUGAUGAAGUUAUGGAGGUUGAGGACUUGCUCGAAGAGUUUAAAAUUGAAAUGCCUUUUGUUGCCGACACUGGGCAGACUGUAGAAUGCACUUCCAAAGAAGACUUCCCCUCUGGGAAUCCUCAUUUAGAAUGUUCACAAGGUAUGUUGCAAUCAGUGAACACAGAAAUAGAUGCAGAAAAAUUAAGUGCACGGCUUGAGCAGAGACACCGAGCAUGCUUAUCUGCAUCACUUUCUUCCUACUCAGAAAAAAGUACACAGUAUAUCGGGGAGAUGUUGCAAAAGGUUAACCAGGAAGAGAGGCUCCGCUUAGCCUAUGGAUCUCCUGAUCAUUCUUCUGCUUAUAUGAAUGUAGACAGCCAGUAUUCUGAUGAGCAUGAUAAAUUGCCUGCUAUUGACAAGAAGCUCCAAUCUAAAAUUCCCUUGCAGGAAAUUGUUCCUUCUUCAGUGCCAAGUUCAAAUGACACUCACAUUGAUCAAUCUGGCAGUGUCGGGGAAUGCUCAAACCCUCCAGGUGGACCAAUGGACAGUGGAUCAUCAGCUUCGGCUGUCUGUACUAGUCUGAAGCCUGAUUUUACUAAGCUGAAAGGGGAAAUAUGCUUGGACAAUCUAUCAAUUAGAGAACUACAUGAAACUUUUAAAGCAACAUUUGGGCGAGAAACAUCUGUCAAGGACAAGCAGUGGCUUAAGAGGAGAAUUGCCAUGGGAUUGACUAAUUCUUGUGAUGUCUCAACCACAACAUUCAUAUUCAAAGACAACAAAUCGAUGAAGAAAGUUAAAGAAGAAUGCUGUAAGAGUGUGGAUGGUACUUUAAUCGAAGAUACAGUAGUUGGGGCAAAAAAUGAUAACUGCAGAGAUUCACCUACUAGCCGCAAUAACCGAGGGGAAGCUCAUCAGAUUCUUUCUGGUAAGAGAUUGAGAAACUCUAGUGUAGAAUAUGAUUGUGGAAGUGAUGAUCUUCACACGGAACAGAUUGCUGGCAAAAGAAUUCGAAAGCCUACAAAGCGAUAUAUUGAAGAACUUUCAGAAGCUGAUUCCAGAGAAUAUGGUGGAAGGUUAACAUCAUCAGUUAAAAAUUCUGUACAUGGUCAGUCAUCUCCAAAAUCUCAAGCCAGACCUGUUCGAAAUGUCUGUUCUGAGGGGAAAACGGUUGUCACCAGGCUUGAUUCUCUUGGAGGAUCUGGGGUUCAGGUUCCUUAUGUUUUUAGGGUCCGGAGAAGCCGCCCGAGGAAAAACUUUAUGGCUCUUAUGAAAUUCAACACCAAUAGCAUGGGCAUGGCAGCUAAGCUAGUCAAGAAGGCCCUUGGUGUGCGUAGUUCUCGAACGGAUAAUGAAGGUGGGAACAAAGUUUUGCAAUCCAGACCUGCUCCUAAGCGGCUUCAGCUGCCGCUUAUUGGUGAACCAGUAAAACAUGAGCAAUGCUCAGUAGCAGACACAAUUGAACUGGAGCAAAGGGUGGAGCUGAAACAUGUGGAUUCAUCUGGAGAUACUUCAGAUGAUAACAUUGCAACUGUGCCCACGGCAAAAGGUGGAAUGAGAAGGAAGCAUCAUCGAGCUUGGACUCUCAGUGAGGUUAUGAAGCUAGUUGAUGGUGUAUCUAGGUAUGGAGCUGGAAGGUGGUCUGAGAUCAAGCGGCUUGCCUUUGCGUCCUAUUCAUACCGAACCUCAGUUGACCUCAAGGAUAAAUGGAGGAACCUACUGAGAGCUAGCUUCGCUUUAUCGCCUGCAGAAAAAGGGAUGAGUUCCCGAAAGCAUGGCUCAAUGCCCAUCCCGGCAGCGAUCCUGUUAAAAGUGAGAGAGCUUGCUGAAAUGCACGCCCAGGUUGCGCCCAAUCUGGGCACAAACAAGCCAUCUGGUUGUGGUGGGAGGACUGUACAUGAAACAAGAGCAGGGUUCUUGUAAUACUGUAAAUAAAAAAAAAAAGGAAAAAAAAAAAAAGUUAGCUGUCUAAAUUAGAAAUAAAGAGGCUGAUCUAAAAACCCUAGAACUGGUUCCUUAUUUUCAUUUUUCUUUUUUGUUCCUCCUGUUAAUGCUUCUUGGCAUGGAUGGUAGAUUGUAGGACAUUAGCCAUCUAGUCCAUCAAACAUCUACUCUGCUGACAUUUCUUUUGUUCGUUUUCUGUCUUUGUUUCUGAACCCGGACCGAACUCAAACUCGAACGCCUUUCAGUAUGUUUUCCAGGUAGGAGCUGCAGCUGAAUGAUGGGUUUUUCCUAUGGUUUAUGGUGUAAAGUAGCCAUAAUUCAGCUUAGUUAUCAUGUAUCUGUUUUUGGGUUCGAAUGCA